AUGUUACCACUUACUAACCUUUUACACGGGAACAACCGCGAGUUUUCUUUUUCUGACACAGCUGUGGAGGCUUUCAAUCGUGCCAGGAAGGCACUUGCGGAUACAGCUGCCCUUGCUCACCCUAUAACUGAUGCCCCACUUCCCAUUGUGGCCGACGCCUCUAAUUUCGCCAUAGGUGCUGCCCUUCAGCAACAGACGCCCACUGGCACCCAGCCCUUGGCUUUAUACUCUGCCAAAUUGAUACCUCCACAAACUCGCUAUAGCACUUUUGGUAGAGAACUUCUUGCAACUUAUUUAGCCAUUAAGCAUUUUCGUAAUUAUAUUGAGGGCCGAGAUUUUUGUAUUUAUACUGACCACAAGCCUCUUACUUAUGCCCUUUCUACUUCUUCUGACAAGUAUUCACCCCGCGAAACCCGCCAUCUCGAUUUUAUUUCUCAGUAUACCACCGAAAUUCGAUUUCUUAAAGGCCUUUUUAACCAAGUUGCUGACUGUCUUUGUCGGCCUGGAAUUAAUGCCAUCACCCGCCCUUCCAUCGAUUUGGAGCGCAUGGCAGAGUUGCAAAACCAGCCGACUUCCACUAAGAGCCUUCAACACACUAGUCUUCAGCUGGAGGCCAUUCCUCUUUCCACCUCCUCCGGUACAAUCUUGUGUGACGUAUCGCGCGGUGCCUCCCGACCCGUACUGCCAAGCGAGAUGAGACGAGAUCUUUUUGCUGCGUUGCACAAUCUGGCUCACCCUGGCAUCCGCACCAUCCAGUGCCUCAUCAGCGAGCGUUUCGUUUGGUCAAGCAUGAACACCGAUAUCCGCCAGUGGAUCAGUUCAUGUCUGGCCUGUCAGAAGGCCAAAGUCGGACGGCACAACAAAGCCCCCAUUGGCACUUUUCUCGCACCCAACGCACGUUUUGCACAUGUGUAUAUCGAUCUGGUGGGUCUUUUUCCAACAUCUCGUGGUUGCAGAUAUUUAUUUACUGCGAUUGACCGAUUUACUCGUUGGCCCAUUGCAACUGCCAUACCUAGCAUAACUGCAGAUUCCGUUGCUCAUGCCUUUUUGGAACACUGGAUCUCUCAUUAUGGCGUCCCCUUAACUAUUACCAUUGAUGGAGGCCAACCAUUUGAGUUUCGACUUUUUAACAGCCUUACCGACCUCCUCGGAUGCUCUCGCAUACGCACGACAGCAUACCGCCCCUCAUCCAACGGCUUAGUCGAGCGUUUCCACCGUCAACUCAAAGCCUCGCUCCGAGCUCAUGACAACCCUUCCCAUUGGAGCGAGCAUCUGCCUUUGGUCAUGCUCGGUAUCCGUACCGCACUCAAGCCCGACUUGGAGUGUUCUGCUGCCGAACUUGUCUACGGUACCACCCUACGGAUUCCCGGGGAUUUUUGCGGGUACUCUCAGAGCUCAGGCGACUUGGAUUCGAGCGAUUAUGUUCGAAGAUUGCUCCAAGCCAUGACUCAUCUUCGAGCCACUCCUCCACGUCCUUCAACAAGUAAGUCGUACAUUGACCCGAACUACUAAUAUGUUCUUUUGUGUUUGUCCGCGUAGACAGCGUUCGUCGGUCACUACAACAGCCCGAUGACGGCCCAUUUCGAGUACUAUCUCGCACGCACGAGCAUUUUACAAUUGACCGUGGAGACCGCAGCGACGUGGUCUCAGUCGAUCGCUUGAAGGCGGCUUAUACCGGGCCCCUUUGAACUUCCCCAACCGAACAACCUCCACUCGUUACAUUGCCACUUAUUUCCAGUAAUACACCUACGCCCAAUAACCCUACGUUUUCCCCUAUCCCACAGACUCCUUCUCUUACGCGCAGCGGUCGUCAUGUCCGUUUUCCCGACCGUUACCAAUUUGUACAAUAUGCAUAACACUCCCACCCUUUUAUUCUAUCAAUAAUAAUUUUUUUGAACACCGUUCUCCUAGCGGGAGGAGUAUUCUAGUGACAUUUGAGUCUGUUUUGUUUUACUCAGUCACAAUACGUUUUUUAAAAGAACAUGACACAACUUUGAAUAGGGCAUAGAACAAGCACGUGCACUUCUACCUGCUGGCGACUUUGUUCUUAUUUACUAGUUUGUAACUAUUGGGGUACUGCUACCUUCGUUUCCUGGAUAGCCUACUUACUGCCCAUUAAUCCUUUCUACCAAUAUGUUGCCACGGAUUCCCGCCGACCGGGAAGGCAAAGACGAUGCUACAAAUAUAUUCUUACGAACCCUCUGAAACGACUCAAGAUGAACUCAGAGACCUGGGAGGACCUCGUCCAGAUAAGACUCACUUGGAGCAGGGAGGUGAAGACUGGCGCAGCCAUUUACGAAUGAAAUUGGAUCGUCGCCGCCCAAGCCGAAAUGGAGGCCCGCAAUUAUUAGGCUACUCCGAUUUGCAAUUCCGCCAUUUGACCCCAGCCGACGUGCCCGCGCUGUCAACAAACUUUUUGCGUGCGCAUCGGCCUCGUCGAUCAUCUUCUGACCUAAUGCACCAGCCGCCCGACGACCACAAUUGCUGCCUCCACAACCACGCCUGUCUCGACCUCAACGUUGGUCACUUCGGCGUCCAACCCCACCAACGUUGCUGAGAAUCUCCGUGGUGCACUGCCGUCCACCACUACCACCUCUACUAUACCUGCACAGCUACCGCGGCGACGAAGAACAUAACCACCGUUGUCACUAACGCCGCCUACCAAAACGCUCCUGAGGCCACAACAACCAUCAGCACAUUCAUCAUCACCACCUCCACACCCAGACAUGUGCAUCCGGUCUAA